AUGAGGAGUCUAAGAAUUCUCAUAAUUCAUUGUUUUCUCCGUUCUAAAGACCUCAAAUAUCUUCCUAACAAUUUAAGGUAUCUUGAUUGGCGUGGAUACCCUUUGAGAUGUUUGCCUUCAGAAUUUCAACCAAUGCAUCUUGUUGAACUUCACAUAACAAAUAGCAACAUUGAACAACUAUGGAUGGGAACAGAGGUUCUAUACAACUUAAGGACCAUGAAUCUCAGUUACUCAGAAUCUCUAACCAUGACCCCAGAGUUCGAAAAGUUUCCAAAUCUUGAAAGCCUAUAUCCUGAAGGUUGUACAAAUUUGGUUAAUCUUCAUCCAUCCAUUGGAUCUCUCAGAAGGCUUGUUCGCAUCGAGUUGAGUGGCUGCGUAAAUCUUGAGAGUCUUCCAAGUGGCAAUCAAUUGGAGUCUCUUCAAACUAUUUAUGCAUGUGGGUGUUUAAAACUAAACAUGUUGGGAAGCUUUGAACAUACCAAAUGUUUACAAAGGCUUGCAUUAGUCGGGUCCAGUAUAUCUGAACUGCCAUUACCAGUUGGACAUCUUACCAAUCUUAAAAGCUUGGAUCUGGGACGUUGUAAAAACUUGACAAGUAUUCCAAACAACAUUGGUCAGUUAAAAGCUCUUAAAAGUUUAAUGCUCCGUGGGUGCUCAAAACUUGAGAAACUGCCUGAAGAAGUUGGUGAUCUAGUCAGUUUAGAGAAACUUAAUGCAGACUAUACAAGGAUUACACAACUCCCGUCUUCAAUUUGUCGGCUCCGCUAUUUGACAGUAUUAGAUCUAGAGGGAAACGAUUUUGAAAGUUUACCUUCAAGCAUGAGCCAACUUAAAUUGCUGGAGGAGAUAUAUUUGUCCAAUUGCAAAAUGCUUCAAGAAUUGCCAGAGCUUUCUUCAGACAUUAGUGUUAUAGUGGCACGUCAUUGCAAAUCAUUAAGAAAAAAAAGCGAGUCCAUUCUUAUACAAAGACAUUGA